UAUUCUAUCCUAAAAGCUAAUCCCAAACACAAAGAGGCAAAGCCACCGCCGGCUCCCAGCCACACGUGAUUCCUCUUCCCACCUUUCCCUUUCCUUGGUCCCCUGUGGUCCAGCCUUUGCUCUGCUCAUCCAUGGAGACAAACCACUAGCCCCCAAAUCUCCUAAAUCUUUCUAGUUGCUCUCUCCUGAGCUGCUGCAGCGCCGCCGGCCGGCUGGACGGCCAACGGCUCAUCUUUCUUCAAGCUGCUGCAAGCACACAAGAAGAGGGUAAUCAGUUGUCUCCAUGGCCAAAAAUAAAAGAAAGCAUGCAACACUGCAUUCUUUUUUUGAGAAGAAAAGAAGAACUGAUGUUCCAGAACAAAUUAUUUUGGUUGAUGCCCCUCCCUUGGUAGAUGAAGAAGAACAAGUGGAUGAACAAGAACAAAUAGAAGAAACUCCAAUAUCAACAACACCACCUCAGGUUAUGAGAGGGAGGGGCAAUGAUGAUUCUGCUAUUUUGGUGGUAGAAAGAAAACCAGGUCUGCGGUGCCAAAUUUCAGAUUAUCCUCCUAACGAUCAAGAAAAAGCUCGAAUGGCAUAUAUAAAGCAUGGGGCAUAUCAUUUUAAAAUGGAUGAGUAUCCUCCCGAUGAGUCGGUGACCCAUCCACGCAAGUUUCAAUAUCAUUGGUUUAAGAGCUUCCCUUGGUUAGAAUAUUCACCGGAUAAAGAUGCAGUCUACUGUUUUUGGUACUUAAAAGCAUUGCAACUGCUAAAGGAUCUGGUACUUCACCUUCCGCACGAGCAAAGGCUUCUGGUGCUGUUAAGUUGAUGAUGUCUUUUGACUUCAUAUUUAUUCUGCAUGUCAUGAAAGAACUUAUGGGAAUCACGGACAUGCUAUGCAAAAAGUUGCAACAAAAGUCUCAAGAUAUUGUGAAUGCCAUGGAUGAUGUUAAGACUACCAAAAUGUUGAUCCAGGAGCUAAGAGAUAAUGGUUGGAACAAGCUUAAAGCUGACGUGCUUUCAUUCUGUACCAAACAUGGAGUUCAAACACCACAUUUCAGUGAGUUAUAUGUGGAUUUCAUUAAUUCUCGUGCGGAGGAUGAGACUACAGUUGAGCACCAUUAUCGCUGUGACAUUUUCAUGGUUGCUGUUGAUCAGCAAGCACAAGAGCUGAAUUGUAGAUUCAACAAACAAGCUACAGAGCUUCUCAUCCUGUGUACUUCCUUGGACCCAAAAGAUUCAUUCCGUUCAUUUAACAUUGAUAAUAUAUGUUCUCUAGCUUCAAAGUUCUAUCCUGCUGAUUUUAAAGAACAAGAAAUGAAUAAUCUAAGAUGUCAGUUACGACAUUACGAGAAUGUUGUACCCACAAGCCCAAAGUUUCAGAAUUUGACAACUAUAUCAGAACUUUGUCAACGACUUGCAUCUAGUGGAAAAUCAGAUGAAUAUUACUUGAUUGACAGACUCAUUCGGCUUGUUCUUACUUUACCGGUUUCAACGGCAACUACAGAACGUGCAUUUUCUGCCAUGAAACUUGUGAAGACAAGGCUUCGGAAUAAAAUGGAAGAUGGAUUUCUAAGGGACUGCUUGCUAAUUUAUAUUGAAAAGGAGAUUGCUGUUGGAAUAUCAACAGAUGCAAUUAUAGAUGAGUUCGAUGAACCACCACGUCGAGUGCCAUUUAGUUGAAGGCUUGGAGCAAGUUAGUUUCUCUAUCUUCUAUUAUCUAGAUUUUUCUUUUGUGUGAUGUACCAUUGAAAAAUUGCAUAUCCUUUUGUAUCAACGGUGAAUGGUGGUGUAAUCAAUGAAAAAUAUCAUGCUAUU